CUUUGUGUAAGACUCUGGUUUAAAACAGUCCGCUUUGUAGGGAAUAGGGUGCGAUUUGCCACUGGUCACACAGAGAUUGUGUAACCUCCAGACUCCCCAAGUAGUUUUGCGUUAACAAGGCACUGUUGUAGUAGAGAAGAGGAACCUAACUGACCUUUAUGUCACAUGUCUGAUACCAACAAUCAGAGGACACAACCCUACUGGACUCUCUUUCACUGAUAUGUGAAUGAAUUUAAAGAAGCUGUCUGUGCAGUUGGACAAACUAACACUGAUUUGGAUUUUAAAGCUGCUUGUGGACUUGGCUGAUUUUGGUUUUCACUGAAGGAUUCACAAUGGACGGAAGGAUGUAUCAACCAACCCUUAUCUCAUUGGUCGUAUUGCUCUUCACCCUGUCCAAUAUUGUCUAUGGGGGUAAAAUAUUAAUCUACCCAAUGGAUGGAAGCCACUGGGUCAACAUGAGAGUCAUCAUCGAAGAGUUGCAUUCCAAAGGCCAUGACAUCACAGUGCUGCGAGCGUCGAACAGCUGGUACAUCAAGGAGAAUUCCCCCCACUACACCACCAUUACCAUCCCCAACACCGGUGGCUUCGAUGAAAACUUCUUUGGUGAAUUUAUAUUAAGUAAACAUCUGAAGAUUCAAAGGGAGCAGGGGAAGAGUUUUUGGACCGAACUCAAGCUUCAGUCAUCGAUGAAGGAGACUUUUUUCGAGUUCCACAAGAACAUGGCUGAAAUGAUCACUCGUGUCCUUGAAGACGAAGAGUUGAUCCAGUCUCUCCAGGAUGCUAAGUUUGAUUUGGUUCUGACAGAUCCUGGGAUUGGUUCAGGGACGAUCUUAGCCCGCGUCCUCCACCUUCCUCUGGUUUACAAUGUCAGAUGGACCAUUCAAGGUGAAGCACAUUUGGUCAUCGCCCCGUCGCCUCUCUCUUACGUCCCAUACGCACCCACAGAGUUGACAGAUAAGAUGACCUUCCUCCAGAGAGUCACCAACAUGUUAGCUUACAUAAUCGGGAGUUACACCUUGGCAUCUAUCACAGAACCCAACUACAAACCGAUAGUCCAGCGUUACUUUGGCCCUGAUGUCGAUUACAACGCGUUUUUCCAGGAAGCAGAUAUCUGGCUCAUGAGAAGUGAUUUUGUCUUUGAAUUUCCGAAACCCACCAUGCCGAAUAUGGUCUACAUUGGUGGGUUCCAGUGUAAGCCCUCCAAGCCUCUUCCACAGGACCUGGAGGAGUUUGUUCAGAGUUCCAGAGAGCAUGGGGUUGUCAUGAUGACUCUGGGGACUUUGGUGGCAGAGCUUCCGGAAGAUAUCGCAGAUGAAAUCGCUGCUGCGUUCGCCCAGCUGCCUCAGAAGGUCAUCUGGAGGUAUACUGGACAGAGACCCUCUACCCUGGGUAACAACACCCUACUGGUGGACUGGCUUCCCCAGAACGACCUCCUAGGACACCCCAAGAUCCAGGCCUUUGUAGCCCAUGGUGGAACCAACGGUGUCCAGGAGGCCAUCUACCACGGCGUCCCCGUAGUCGGCCUCCCUCUCGCCUUCGACCAGUCCGACAACCUCUCCAAAUUGAAGGAGAGGGGGGCAGCUAACACGGUGGAUAUCAUCACAAUGGACAGAAAUGUGUUCCUGGAGGCUUUGAAGACUGUGCUCCAUGAACCAUCCUACAGGGAGAAUAUGCAGAGGUUGUCCAGACUGCACAGAGACCAACCCAUUAAGCCACUGGACAAGGCAGUGUUCUGGAUCGAGUUUGUUAUGAGACAUAAAGGAGCUCGUCACCUGAGGACAGAGUCCUAUAAGAUGUCCUGGAUAGUAUACCACUCGGUUGAUGUGAUAGCGACUUUGCUGGCGUGUGUGUUACUUGUAACGCUGGGCUGCCUGGCAGUCGUAAGAUGUGUUUGGCGUAAGGUGUUUUGCAGGAACAAAGUGAAAAGUGAAUGAUAAUGUGUUUUGAGAUGUGAAUAUUCAAAUAUUAUCUUAUCAUUGCUCAAUCAGCAAUUUAUCAAUAACAUUUAUUGAUAUUUUAUCAAUAAAAUGUGUAUUUUAUCAAUAAAACAUUGUUUUAGGGUAUGUGAUAUGGGUAUGAAUUUAAAUCAUCUAUGCAGUAUACUCAGGAGAUGGGGGAAGAGAUCACGAUGACUUUAUCAUGUCCAUUUACGAUUGGCCCGAAAUUCUGUCACCGGUAAAUAGGAAGUCAUCUUCUGUGAGGAUCAUUGUAAUCAUAUGGCUGCUGCAGAGGUAAUGGACAAUCCAUUUAUUUUUUACCGAACAUUGUAGAAUCAGUAAUACUAUAAAUCAAAUCAAAUGUUAUUUGGUCACAUACACAUGGUUAGCAGAUGUUAAUGCGAGUGUAGCAAAAUGCUUGUGUUUCUAGUUUCGACUGUGCAGUAAUAUCUAACAAGUUAUCUAACAAUUUCCUAAUCAUUUCACAACAACUACCUUAUACACACAAAUCUAAAAGGAUCGAAAGAGAAUAUGUACAUAUAAAUAUAUGGAUGAGCGAGGGCCGAGCAGCAUGGGCAAGGUGCAAUAGAUGGUAUAAAAUACAGUAUAUACAUAUGAGUAAUGUAAGAUAUGUAGACAACAUUAAAGUGGCCUCAUUUAAAGUGGCAUUGUAUAAAGUGACUAGUGAUCCAUAU